UAGGACACUAUAUCAGUAUCAGUUUACUGACCCGCUGACUGAUAAUAGUAUUCGCUGACUGUAUACAGAAUGGCAGAAAUCAAAGAGAGUGUUGUGCCAAACAAAGAAUUCCAUAAUUUCGUCGUAAGAUGUAUGGAAGCCGUGCAUACGAAGCAUGAACAUGCAGUGAGUUUGGCUGAUUUAUUGGUUUCGGCUGAUUAUAGGGGCCAUUACAGUCAUGGCUUAAACAGAUUGGAUAUGUACGUUAAAGAUAUAAAAGUUGGCAUGACCCGCCAUGAUAUGGAACCUACCAUCACCAAGGAAACCGUCUCUACAGCGUUAGUAAAUGGCAACAAUCUGUUAGGACCGGUUGUUGGCAAGUUUUGUAUCGAUUUAGCUAUACAAAAAGCUAAGGAAACGGGAAUUGCUUGGGUUGUAGCUAAUGAUUCUAAUCAUUUUGGUAUAGCUGGUUGGUAUAGUAUUAGAGCUAUGGAGCAGGGUAUGCUAGGAAUGGCCUUUACAAACACUUCACCGCUAAUGGUGCCCACAAGAGCAAGAAAGCCUACAUUAGGAACGAAUCCUUUAACCUUGGCAGCACCUGCUAACAAUGGUGAUAGUAUGGUUUUAGAUAUGGCGACAACUUCUGUUGCCCUUGGAAAGAUAGAACUUAGUGAUAGGAAAGGCCAGGAUAUACCUGUAGGUUGGGGGUGUGAUGAAACCGGGAAGCCUUGUACAAAUCCUGGAAGAGUUGUCGAAAGUGGAGGAUUAAUGCCGUUAGGUGGUGAUGAAAAUACUGCUGGUUAUAAAGGGUAUGGACUUGGAAUGAUGGUAGAAGUAUUUUGUGGUAUUUUAGCUGGUUCAAAUUUUGGUCCUAACGUCAGAUCUUGGAAAACCCACGACAAAAAAGCUAAUCUUGGCCAGUGUUUUGUGGCUAUAGAUCCAACUGCUUUUGCUCCCGGUUUCGCUGAUAGAAUGAGCGAACUUUUAGAUCAUUGUAGAAACUUAGAACCGGCUGCUGGACAAUCGGAAGUGCUUGUACCUGGUGACCCUGAAAGAAACCAUAUGAAAGAGUGUGAUAAGCUCGGGGGAAUUCCCUACCAUCCUAACCAAAUAAAAUAUGCUAAUGAACUAGCAGAGCAGUUGAAGAUUGAACCAAUGAAAGUUCUCACGUGAUGUCUUUGAACAUAGAAUUUGUUUACAUGUUGUAGUUAUAAAUAAACAAAUUUAAAAUAAA